AGUGAGAUUGUGGGAUGGGGAGGUUGCUAGGCAGUAGAGACACACACCUGCUGGCCGCCCUUCUCCUUCACCUGUGGUUGGGCUCAGGCACGUGCCCCUGUGAAAACCCCGAGCUCUGCAAUCCCAUCUCUGAAAGCAGAGAGUUUGAGGUGCGCAGGAACAAGGUCCCUUAUGGGAACCAUGUGGGGGUCUUUGUAUUUGAUGUUGGCGGGAAGACUUGGAAGCUCUAUGACUGGUCGCAAAUUACGACAGUGGCGACUUUCGGAAAAUAUGACCCUGAGCUCAUGUGCUACGCUCAUUCGAAAGGAUCCAGAGUAGUUUUAAAAGGGGACAUACCUCUGAAGAAAAUUGUUGACCCUGCUGCCAGGACAGCCUGGAUAAACCAGCAGGUGGCCCUGGCCAAAAGGCAGUACAUGGAUGGAAUCAAUAUAGACAUCGAGCAACAGGUUAAAAAGUAUUCGGCCAAAUAUUAUGCAGUGACAGCUUUGGUUAAAGAAAUGACGGAAGCAUUUCACAAAGAAAUUCCAGGAUCACAGGUAACUUUUGAUGUACCCUGGUGUCCAGAAUGCAUAUACAGAAGAGUAUACAACUAUACUGGGAUAGCUAAUUCCUGUGAUUUCGUGUUUGUGAUGUCUUAUGAUGAACAGAGUCAGAUGUGGUCACACUGCAUACUAGGAGCUAAUGCUGCAUACAACCAAACCUUAGCUGGCUAUGACAAUUAUAUUCGCAUCGGCAUUAAUCCCAAAAAGCUUGUGAUGGGUGUUCCAUGGUAUGGCUAUGAUUAUACCUGCCGAGGUUUAUCUAAGGACCAUGUUUGUUCCGUUGCAAAAAACCCCUUCCAAGGGCCUCCAUGCAGUGAUCCUGCAGGACACCAAGUGCCCUACAAAGCAAUAAUGAAGCAGAUACUUCCCAGAUCACUGUCUGGGAUCCUGUGGGAUAAGGAACAGAAAGCUCCAUAUAUGGAAUACAAGGACCCACAGGGUGCUUUUCACCAAGUGUGGUUUGAUGAUCCCAGGAGCAUUUCUCUGAAGGCAGCCUAUGUGAAAAAACGUGGUUUACGAGGUAUUGGCAUGUGGCAUGCGGAUUGUCUCAGCUACUCCGGAGACUAUGCAGAACGAGAGCAGACUGCAGCAAUGUGGGAGGCCUUGAAACCAAAGUGACUUUAUGAAAAUGUGGGUUAAAAUUUGGACAGCUGUGAAUGGCUACUUUCCUUCAUGGGCAUAGAAUGCAAAGAGGGGAGAAUCCUUUGAAAUGUACCUGAAAUGAAUCUCACCUUUCCCUCACUACAGUAAAAAAGCAUACUGUACACUAUUGUACCAAUGGAUUCUUGCUGUCAUUUAUUUAUUUCUGUAUAAGAAG